GUCCUUACUCCUAGUCCUAUUAAUUCAAGUCUGAAGCAGCUUUUUUCUUCCACCCUUGUCUUAUUUUUCUUAGUUACCGGAUCGAAACCCAGAAUGGGUUGUCGAUUCCAGGCUUUGCUACCCUUACUCUUCCUUUCCCUUCAGCUUCUUUUGUUCCUACAACGAGGGAGAGCAGAGGAAGCACCGUCUAACAAUGGAAGCAGUUCAGAUGCUCGAAUGCUUGCGAGCAGCUGCAAUUUGUUUGAAGGGAGUUGGGUGUUUGAUGCUUCUUAUCCUCUGUACAACUCUUUUAGUUGUCCCUUCAUAGAUCCAGGGUUCAAUUGCCAAAAGUAUGGCAGACCCGAUAAGAUGUACCUCAAAUACAAGUGGAAACCCAGUGGAUGUGACCUGCCAAGGUUUAAUGGAUUGGAAUUCCUGAUGAGAUGGAGAGGGAAGAAAAUAAUGUUUGUGGGUGAUUCACUGAGCGUCAACCAGUGGGAAUCGUUAAACUGCUUGAUUCAUGCGUCUGUGCCCAACGCCAGGACCACUGUGGUGAGGAGGGAGCCUCUUUCUUCAGUAACAUUCAAGGACUACGGGGUUACGGUUCUACUGUACCGGACGCCAUACCUUGUGGAUCUCGUUCGUGAAAAGGUGGGGUUGGUUCUAAAGAUUGACUCCAUCCAGAAUGGGAACUCAUGGAAGGGCAUGGACAUGCUGAUCUUCAACUCCUGGCACUGGUGGACCCAUACAGGAAGAUCCCAACCGUGGAACUACAUACAAGAGGGCAACAAAUUGUACAAAGAUAUGGACCGUCUGAUUGCAUUCUACAAAGGACUGACGACGUGGGCCAGAUGGGUGAACCUUAAUGUGGACCCCACCAAAACCAAGGUCUUUUUCCAGGGAAUCUCUCCCACCCAUUACCAGGGAAAGGAUUGGAAUGAACCAUCAAAGAGUUGCUAUAGAGAGAUGAAACCACUGUCAGGGUCGAUGUACCCGGGGGGUAUACCUGCGGGGGCGAUUGUGGUGAACAAAGUGCUGAGCAGGAUAAAGAAGCCUGUGUAUCUGCUGGACGUAACAAGGCUAUCACAGCUAAGAAAAGACGCACACCCCUCCACUUACAGUGGUGGGCACAGUAACCUUGACUGUAGCCACUGGUGCCUCCCUGGACUUCCCGAUACUUGGAAUCAGCUCCUCUAUGCCGCUCUCCACCUUUGACAACGACAGCUGAGAUAUUAUUUUUGAAACUACAACAACUGCAUUGUUUGCUUCCCCA